AUGGAGGAGCUCUACACUCUAGAGAAGGAGGUAGGACGAGGCAGCUAUGGCGUGGUCUUUGAGGGACAUAUGGUCAAAACAGGACAGAAGGUGGCCAUUAAGCGUCUGCCCUGCAGCAACCCGGAGUGCAUCGAGCUCUACCUGCAGGAGCUGUGGGCCAUGAGAGCCACGGCCAAGAACCACAUCAACGUCAUCGCCCUCCACAGCUGCCUCCUGCAGACAGGCCCCAGGAGCCUGAAGCCCCUGAGACCAGGGAAACUGCCCCUGCGUCUGGUUGAGAGCGUGUUGAAGGGCAGCGUGGUGGUAGCAGCACAAAGUCAGGAAAGGAUCCACGCCCAGUCCACCGCCAUGAAGAGGACGUUUUCUCUCUCCAGGCUUCAGGACAGGACCAACACCGUCCAGGUCAGGGCUAAGCUCCAGGACACAACGAAAUCAAAUGCAUCGGAGGCUACAACCCCACAACGGCCUCAAAACCAGGCCAGGAAGAGACGGGCCCAGAGCGAGGGGGAGCAGCCGGGCCCCCUGCAGUGCCUGGCCCUGUGGCUGGUGAUGGAGUACUGUGACGGAGGCGACUUGAAUCAGUACCUGCUCUCCAGGCCGCCAGAUGACCAGCGGAACCACAGUGUGCUGCGACAGCUUUGCCGAGCCGUGGCCUUCCUGCACGGCCUGGGCAUCGCCCAUCGAGACCUGAAGCCCGACAACGUGCUGGUCUGUGUCACAUCCAAAGGCCCGGUCGUCAAGGUGGCAGACUUUGGUCUGAGCAAGAUGAGUGAGGGUCUGGUGGACGGGGUUGAAAACAUGCAGCACUUCUCAUCCACCUGUGGCUCCGACUUUUACAUGGCUCCAGAGGUGUGGGGGGGACUGACCUACACGGCCCAGGCGGACAUCUUCUCGCUAGGUGUGAUGUUCUGGGCGGUUCUGGAAAGAAUCACCUUUCUGCAAGAAGGGACCACACAGGAACAGCUGGGCGCCUACGUGUGCAAGGGUCGCUCGGGCUGGUUGAUGCCGGUGGGGGAAGCCUUGUGGGAGAACGCCGACCUCCAGCUGUGUAUCCCAAUGAAGUUUAAGAGAGCGCCCCCGCUGCCACCCCCUCCCGGUCCAUCUACGUGCACUCUGCUUUUAGACAUGCUCGCCUCAAACCCGGAUGCCCGGCCCCCGGCCGACCAGCUGGAGGCCAGAGUGCGAUCCGCUCUCAAAGAGGACUCCCACUGACACAAAGUGCGCUUAAGCGACCAUUAUGGCUCUUACCACUGUAACCACUACACAGAAAUAUUGACCGUGCGCCCCCUGACCACAGUGCUUCCUAUGUGUGUCAACAGGAACCACUUUGCUGCCACUGGGAAGUGGGGAUAACAAAUAUGUAUGAUUAUAUGGAAUUGAAGGUGCUAUUUCUGUCACUGAAACGCCAGUGCAGUUUAGAAACCGUGUAGAAAAACCAGAAAAAGGGAAAAUGGGGUUGAAAUACAAGAGGUCCUUCUGACCCCCGAGAGCCUCUUGAGGAAAUCAGUCUAUUGGCCUUGGACCCCUGUAAUGCACUGCAGACUAAACACGCAAUGAUACUCAAGCAAGUCUUUCCAGAGAUCCAGUGGGACUCGCUGAGUUUCCUGUAAGCACCGUGCUGUUUAGGCACACAGGCGUUUGACAGAGAAAAUCAAUUUUGGUAAGUAUAGAGCAGAAAUUAAUAAAAUGGUUUGAUGUCAGUGCUUGUAAACAGACCAGUGUUUGACUGACUCCGCAUCCUGCUGUAUUUCAGUUACUGUAUUUGACUUGGAUUUUUGGACAUUCGUGUUUUAACUUAAUUUGUACUGACCUUCCUGGCCGAGGCAU